AUGACUCGACCAAAUGAAAUCCAUCAAUUCAAUUUUGGACCUAUUACAGCUUACUCUUUUAAUAAAGAUAGAACUCAGGUUGCCAUCUGUCCAAAUAACAACGAAGUACAAAUUUAUCAAAAGUCUAGUGGAAAUUGGGAUUUAAUUCAUACAUUGGUUGAGCAUGAUAAACUUAUUACAAGUAUCGAUUGGGCACCUGAAACUAAUCAAUUAGUUACAUGUUCUCAAGAUCGUAAUGCAUAUGUAUGGAAACUUGAUGCAGCCACAAACAAAUGGAAACCAACUUUAGUUCUGUUAAGAAUUAAUCGAGCAGCUACAUUUGUUCGAUGGUCACCCAAAGAAGACAAAUUUGCUGUUGCAUCUGGAGCACGUUCAAUAUCCAUUUGUUAUUUUGAUGAAGAAUAUGAUUGGUGGACUGCUAAACUUCUCAAGAGACCAAUAAGGAGUACUGUUUUGAGUCUUGACUGGCAUCCAAAUAAUGUUAUUAUAGCAGCUGGUUGUGCUGACUUCAAGGCAUAUGUUUUAUCUGCAUUUAUUAAGGGUGUUGAUCAAAAGCCAGCCUCUACAGCUUGGGGUAAUAAAUUUCCAUUUAACACAGUUUGCGGAGAAUAUUCAAAUGGUGGUGGAGGUUGGAUUCACAGUGUUUCAUUUUCACCUAGUGGUGAUGCAUUAGCAUUUACUGGUCAUGAUUCACAACUUAGUAUUGUUUAUCCAGGUGUUGGUGUUCAAAAAAUUAGGGUUACAAAUUUACCAUAUUUAAGUUUAGUUUGGCUUUCUGAAGAUAAAUUAUUGGCAGCAGGUUAUGAUUGUGCACCAGCAUUAUUUGAAAGACAAGAUAAUCAAGAAUGGAAAUUUUCCAAAGUGAUUGAUGUUGGAAAGAAAAAAGUUGUAGGUGAAUCUACAGCCUUUAAUAGAUUUCGUGAUAUGGAUACACGUGGAACUUCAAGCCAUUCUGAUGAUUCAAAAUUUACAAUUCAUCAAAACACCAUCACGUAA